AUGUCGGACAAUACCAAUAUCCAGGGCACAUGGCAGACCGUGUCUCGGUCUUUCGGCGCUGGUGCUGCCCGUGUUGCUGGCGCCGGGGCGCUGGCCAGUCCCAUGGACCGCUGGCUCGCCGAGCCCAGCGGCUCCUCGCCCUACAACACCAUCGGCCAGGUGCGGCAGGGACAUGAUGCCUCCACGAACCAUCCGCCCGCGCCGUCCACGAACCACGCCACGUCCGGCUCGGCCAAGGAGUAG